AUUAAAUACUCAGGUCCCUGUUCUCUAUGCGCUUUCUCUGUACUUGUAAAAGCCAUUGAAGAAGCAAAGAGAGCUUUGAUUUUCCAUCAAUGUGGAAGCUCAAGGAGUCUAUGUUGGGAAAUGAUGAUGAAGAGGGAUCAAGAGAGGGCUUCUUGGAUGAAGAAGCAGAUGGGUUUUUUUCUCUCUCUCCUAUGCAGAGAAUUUAUGCUUUUGCCGCGUUUUUUGUCGCUGGUCUAGCUUGUAUGAUCCUGUCACUUAUUGUUUUUGCCAAACCCAUCAAAUUUGCCGUACUGUUCACAUUUGGCAACCUGUUGGCAGUUGGAAGCACAGCCUUCCUCCUUGGACCUGUCCAACAAAUGAGGAUGAUGUUUGAUUCUUCUCGUGUCUAUGCAACUGCUAUUUACCUUGGAUGUGUUGUUUUAGCUCUCAUUUGUGCUCUCUGGAUCCAUAACAAGAUUUUAACAAUAAUUGCAAUCAUAAGUGAGUUAUGCGCCCUUAUUUGGUACAGUCUGAGUUAUAUUCCUUUUGCUCGGAGAAUGGUCUCCGGAUUGAUGAUGCGUUUAUGUGACACUGAGCUUUAGAAGUUGAAGUUGAUCUUCUGAGAGAGUUGAAAUUUUGGGAUGCGAAUUUUUUCUUUGCUCUGUUAUUAUUGAUGUUUGAGUGAGUUGCCUGCAAAAAACGAAAAAAGAAAAAAAAAAGGGUUUUGAAAUGCCACGACCGGAUUUAGGUUGGUCUUUUUAGGGCUGUGAUUGUUGUAGGAAAAGAUAAUUGUACAUUUCUUAGCUGCUGCUUCCCAUUCCCUUUGUUGUCUUUUGUUUUGCUUUACUUUCUUUUGGCUAAGAGUUUGCAAAAAUUUCUCUA